AUGGGUUUUUUAACUAUACUAAAAAAACUAAGACAGAAAGAAAAAGAAAUGAGAAUACUGAUGCUAGGCUUAGACAAUGCAGGCAAAACUACCAUACUUAAACGAUUUAAUGGUGAACCCAUUGAUACAAUAUCACCCACUUUAGGCUUUAAUAUCAAGACUUUAGAACAUAAGGGAUAUAAAUUGAAUAUUUGGGAUGUCGGUGGACAGAAAUCUUUAAGAUCAUACUGGAAGAAUUAUUUUGAGAGCACAGAUGGUGUAGCAUGGGUAGUUGACAGUGCAGAUCCCCGACGACUUGCAGACUGUGUGAGAGAGUUACAUUCACUUCUUAGGGAGGAAAGGCUUUCAGGAGCUACACUUCUUGUACUUGCCAAUAAAUCAGACCUGCCUGGAGCACUUUCCUUGCAAGAAAUCAGGGAGGUAUUAGAUUUGGACAGCAUUAAAACUCACCAUUGGCGCAUAGUGAGGUGUUCUGCCGUGACUGGAGAAAACCUUCUUGAGGGCAUGGAUUGGAUGCUGGAUGAUAUUGCUUCUAGGAUAUUUACACUUGAUUAG